AUGUUAGGAUUUGCGUUACUGUUAGUGUUAGGUUGCGUAAACGGUUACAUACCUCCAUCCAUCAGCAUUUGUAACCGCGAUGAUCUCAAUCUGGACAAGUGUGUGCUGGCGGUAGUGCAAAAAAUGCGAUCCAAUCUCGUAUCUGGAGACUAUGGUAAUGGUACCAAGUUGCCCAGCUUGGAUCCGGCGUUCGUCGAUCGGUUAGUCAUUGACGAUGGAGCAAACCUGCAAGCCACGUUCCGAAAUUUAAUCGUGUCAGGUACCAAGAACUUCCACGUAGAUAAGAUGCGCGUCAAUGUCGAAAGCAAAACUUUCAACAUGUUGGUCACUUUGGAUAAGGUGCAGUUAAAGGGAAAAUAUAACAUGAAGAUGAGGCUUGCGUUGCUUUUGAUCGAUGGAGAUGGUGACUCAACAUUGGAUAUAAAUGACGUUAAGCUACUGCUAAAGAUAAAAUACUUCUUCGCGGAAAACGAUGACGGUAAGAAGACGAUGCGCUUCCAUCCGAUUGAUGUGAAAAUCAAAUUUGCCGGUGAUGCCAAAUUCCACAUGACGAACCUUCUGAAGGGUAAACCACGCCUAGCGCAAGCUGCCAACGAUGCCAUCAACGAAAGCCCUGAACUGCUCCUGGAGAAGGGUAGACCGGCGGUAGAACAAUUCUUUUCCAAACUGUUCACUUCGAUCGCUAAUGGACUGAUGAAAGAAGCGGACGAAGAGGAAGCUUUUCCACGGUGAUGG